CAGACAAGAAAACCGCUGGUUGAGAAGAGGAGAAGGGCAAGAAUAAACGAGAGCCUGCAGGAGCUAAGGGGCAUCCUAGCUGACAAUGAGUUUCAGUCAAAGAUGGAGAACGCAGAGGUUUUAGAGCUCACUGUGAAACGGGUACAAAGGAUUUUACAGAGCAGAUCAGCUGAGACUGACCGGUUGCAGAGAGAGGCCAGCGAGCGUUUUGCUGCAGGCUACAUCCAGUGCAUGCAUGAGGUGCACACCUUUGUGUCUAGUUGUCCUGGCAUUGAUUCCGGCCUGGCUGCAGAGCUGCUCAACCAUCUAUUGGAGUCUAUGCCUUUAAGUGAGGGGAACAUACAGGAUCUGGUCCUUGAUGUGCUUCUGGAUUCUCCUGUCUCGGAUUCUUCCUGUGGCCUGGGAUUGUUGGGAUCCUCCUCCGAUGACAGCUGUUCUGAUGCAGAGGAAUCUGAUAUUGUCAAGGGAGGGACAGAGCCUAUGCAGGACAGUGACAGGACCCCUGAGAUUCAGCCGCCUCCUGCCCCUUCAAUGUGGAGACCAUGGUGA